UAAUUCACAAAUUGCGCAACUAUACACAUCUCUAUAGAGAGAGAGAGAGAGAGCUUUUAGUUCAGUUAGAGAGACAGAGCCAAAAUGGCGAGAUUCACGGUGCUAAUUGUGGCGGUGGUGCUGGCUUUUCUAAUGGCGGUGCCUAUGCCGGGAGUGACGGCGAAGAAGUAUACUGUCGGCGAAAACAAGUUCUGGAACCCAAACAUUAACUACACCAUCUGGGCUCAGGGCAAGCAUUUCUACCUCGGUGACUGGCUCUAUUUCGUGUUCGACAGAAACCAACAUAACAUCCUUGAAGUAAACAAGACUGAUUACGAAGGCUGUAUCGCCGACCACCCAAUACGCAACUGGACACGUGGAGCUGGGAGAGACAUCGUCACUCUCAACCAGACCAAACACUACUACCUACUCGACGGAAAGGGUGGCUGUUACGGUGGCAUGAAGCUAGCUGUUAAAGUCGAGAAGCUCCCUCCUCCACCAAAAUCUGCACCAGUCAAGAGCAUUGGAUCAGUUUCAAUGGUCACAGGUCUCGCUCAAUUCUUGAUUCCUGCGUCUCUUUUCGCUUUCCCAGCGAUGUGGGAUUUGAUCUCAAGGAUGUGGUAGUGUGGGUGUGUGAGUCCUCAAAAGAAACCGAUUUUUAAAAACCUCAAAUUCUUUUCAGGGAAAGCUUUUAAUUUAGCUGAGUCAAUUUAUCUUCUGUAAUGUUGAAAUUGUUUUUGUGUUUAAUCUUUUGUUUUGGCGUGUCUUUUGAAUUAAUUGUUGAGAAAGUUGUAUUUGAUUAAUUUGAGAAAUUAACGCCUACAAAGUUGUCUUCGUAAAUGAGUUUGGUUCGAUUGUUGAAAGCAAAGGAGGUGUGUGUAUUUGGAUGAUCUAUAUGUAUGGAUGAAAUUAGAAAACUAUAUUAUUAUA